GAAAAAAUCUUGAUAUAGCUUAAUCUGCAUAAUCUGUAUCAUCUGUAUAUUUCCUGUAUAAUGUUUCUUUUAGAAUUGAAAGUGAAACUGAUGACCAUGGCCCAUGAGCGCACCGGUUUAUUUAAAUAAAACACGCGCACAGUGCGCCUGGAGCGGAGUCAAGUGAAAUACAUCUUAAUUCCAGGGGGGACAUUUCCUGUAUCCUGGCCCACUGUGUACAGGACAUUUGUCUGUCUUGGUGAGCGUAGCAGACCACAAAUCCGUGAAAUUAAUGCGUCAGUGUACGCGUAGACAUGAAGCAGGCAUUAUAUUGUGAGGAAACCAAUAGAAAAAUGAGUUUUUGUUUAAAACAGUGAAUUUGCAAAGAUGCUGUUAACCCUGUAUGUCCUGUGUAUACUGUGUGAGGGGCUGGAUGGACACAGUUCAGGUGUUAUUCUCGUCAAAAUAUCCUCCUUUCUUAACCCUGAGGGCAGAGACGCAGCUGGUUCGUGCUGUCAAAGAGAAAGUGGUCGAGAUGGGAGAGCUGUAGAUGAUGAUGUUCAUCAGUGGAUUGAACAUGAUGAUGUCCAUCCCUGGGCUGAUGAUGGAUUCAGUGAUGGGUUUAGAAGUGGGCGGGGAGGAGGAGGAACCUGCUCCGCCCCCUGCUAUACCAUGUUUAGGGUCUGUGCCUCCAGGGUAGACAAUGAGAGUUUAGUGGUCCUACCUAAUAGAUCUCCACAAAGAGGUUCAGAUCCGACAGCAGAAGCUCAGGAAUUGUAUGGAGCAGACCAAAUACGAUCAAAACCAGGAGUAGGACUGGUCCAACCCGCACCCGGAGUAGAACGGAUCCAGGCAAUACCUGGAGCAGGACGGAUCCAACCUCAAACCUUUCCACAAAAUAUUGAGAAAAUCUUGACAGAGUACACUGGACGAGCGACCCUCCCACCCCGUAUAUCCUCUAGAUAUCCGCCAAAUCCUAAAAUCUCCGCCUCACCUCGACCUCCUUACAGACAUCCGCCCCGACCUCAAAACCCUCCUGGUCUUAGAGGAGACCGACCUCGGCCUCGACCUCUGUCCUAUCCCCCUAGGCCUCUCCCUGGACCUGAGGAGAGGCUGGGUAGACCAGCUAGACCUUGGCCACGACCUCAGGGGAGGCCGGUUCGACCUCAGCAUGAGCCUGAAGGAAGAAUGGAACGCCCAGGAGAAGGGAAUAUGGAAUACUCAGUUGUUUGGCGACAGGAUAGAUCAUUGUUCACACCUAGCCUAGAGUGUGCAUACGGUUCCUUAACAACCGAGGUUAUAUUCAACAGUUCAUUGCAAGGUUCCGGAGAUUUGUUGGUUAAAAUCCCGUUCCAAGAAUCCUGGAACGGUGUUUUCUCUCUGUCUAUAGAAGCCUGGCAUAUCAACAAACCUAAACGAAUUCCACAACCAAUUAAGGAAGCGAAAACAGAAAAAGAACAAUCUUUUUUGGAAAAGAUUUUCUCCACUUUGGCAACAUCAAUAACUUCCAACAUCAAGAAGCUGGCCGAGGAGAAGAUUGCUGAAGCAGCAGCUAAAGCAGAAGAGAAGGAGGAUACUACUACUCAACCUGUUAUUGAUGAAACUACAAUGGAAAAUAUAAAUGAAAAUAAUUCAACAAGUUCGGCUGAUCAAGGAGAUAAUACAACAAGAAGAUUAAGUGAAGAUUCCACUGAUCAUGAGAUUGAUUUAUCCACCACUGAAACUUCUCCUGAAACUACCUCUGCCGAAGCUGAGAUCGAAGAGACUUCUGAAAUCCUAGAAGAUGAAAAAGAAGAAACAAUUGAUGAACAAAAAGAUCAAGAAAAUCGAGAUAAAGAUUAUGAUGAUGAUGAAUCAUUGUAUGAUAGAGGAAAAUUGAUAUUGAGGCUUGAACGUAAUCAUCUGCUGUAUGCAGGAGAAGAUUGGAAUAUCAAUGAUUUUAGUACUUAUCAUGCUAGAAUUGAUUAUGGUGUAAAAUUGGUGUGUGCUCACAAUUUUACAGGAGAAACAUGUUCUUUUGCGAAACUUUGUCGUGAUAAGAUUAUGCAGAACAAUCCACGGAUGUACUGUACUGCAGAUGGUGAGGUAGUGUGCAGGGCGGGUUGGGUCGGGGAGGUUUGUGAUAAACCGGUUUGUGCCCCAGGCUGCCAUGCUACACAAGGCUACUGUAGUAAACCAGGUGAAUGUAAAUGUAAGACUGGUUAUACUGGUGGAUCCUGUCAGAAAUGUAUAAAGAUGCCAGGAUGUUUACACGGGGAAUGCACUACUGGAUUUGAGUGUGUUUGUAGACCUGGUUAUACAGGGAUAUUCUGUAAUAAACCAGUUUGUAGCCAGGGAUGUAACACAACAAAUGCAUAUUGUAAGGUUCCUGACACAUGUACAUGUAGAGGGGGUUGGAGAGGAGCUAACUGUACAGAGUGUACACCAGGGGAAGGUUGCAAACAUGGGUCAUGUACAAAGCCAGGCGAAUGCAAUUGUAAUGAAAACUUUACAGGAUUGCACUGUGAUAAACCAAUUUGCUCCGAGGACUGUUCAGAAGAGAACGGAUACUGUACACAGCCUGGAGAUUGUACAUGCAGGGUAGGUUGGGAAGGUCGGGAUUGUAAACAAUGUUCGAAAUAUCCAGGAUGUUUAAAUGGGUAUUGCUCUGAACCCUGGGAUUGUUUAUGUAAAGAGGGUUGGACUGGAGAUCUAUGUGACGAGGUUGAGGUUAUAAAGUACACAGCAGAGGUUAGAGUAGGAAGAUGUACUCCAACUUCUCAAUUCAGAUGCAUGAAUGGCGGGGAGGAUGAAUGUGUGUACUCUAACAACGGUACAAGGAUCGGGGAACCGGUUUGCCGUUGUACAGACCAGUUCCAGGGCAGGUUCUGCCAGUACAAGAUCAGUACUGUACAAGAAAAUAAUUCUGAUAUACCAAAUAACCAUGUAGAUUCAAGUUUAGCGAUAAAUGAAUAAUCAUUGUAAACAUUUUGUUUGUAACUUUAUAUGUAUAUUGUAUAAAAAACAUUAAAUGAAUAUCAAAUA